AUUUUUCUAUCAAAUCAAGUCACAUACUCUGAGUGUUGACUCAAUAGUUGCUUGAUUAUCUAAUUCGGGGCCUGUGGCUCAGUGGUAGAGCGCCCGCUUUGCAUCAUGACGUUCGCGUCAAGUAUCAAAUUGCGGGAGGUCCAGGUUUCGAUCACCUGCCGGUCCAUUUUUUUCUUUUGUGCCGUUCUUUUUGCUCUGCUCCUGUUUCCUUUUGCUUUACCGAACGACCAGGAGCAUAUUCUUGCUAGCCGCAAGAACAUCAAAUACAAUGAUUCUCAACCCUCCACUCAGACUCACACCGCGAUGCAGCGGGCACUCUCCCGCUGUCGCAACAGACCCUGAAUUAGGUGAUCAAGCGACUCUUGCAUGAACGCUCAAGACAUGUGACUUGAUUUGAUGGCGGGAUUGAGAAGUGGGCCGGCAGGAC